CGAUACGGCUUAAAAAGAAGAAACGAAGGCGGAAUUGUCCUUGCAAAAUCAUCCUACUGCCACUCAUGAUGGACAUGGAGGGGAUUUGCUUUGAAGUGAAGAGAAGAAACGACCCAGACCAAGACUCAAAUGGGAGCACAAGCCCCACCAACACUCCUCAGAGAAAGGUGCCGACCCUGGUGCAAGAUGGACCAGAGGCGGGUGAAGAGGAGUUCCAGUAUGCCCUUCACCUGGUUGGUUCACUUCCUGUACACAGGAUGACAACAAUGGCCAUGCUGCCCUGGAUAGUGGCUGAAAUCCGGAGACUGGGCCACCAGGCCAGACCCGGGAGGUGCGGCGCCCCGCCCUCCCCUCGGAACGAGCCGGUCCUCCUGCAGGUCUCUGCCACCCGCGUUCGCUGCGUCCCAGACGCGGACCCCGGACGGCCGUGGCACCCCCUGCAGCACACGGUUCAAGCACUGUUCGAGCACCAGCCCCAUCGAGUCCACAAGCUCAUCCACAACAGCCAGGAGCCCAGCUACUUCGGCUGCCUCAUCCGGGACGAGACCCAGAACGCCUGCUACGUGUUCCGCUGCCAGGACCACUUCAAGGUGAGGAUGUGA